AUGGCUCACAUGCAUGGUACUGCGGCCAGGGGUGUUGCACCUUGGCCUGCUGGUAAAGCACAAUCUAGGGGUAGAGGCCAACCCCAAGGUCAUGUUAGGGCCGCAGCACUAGCCCUAGAUCCAGAGCAAACUUUGAAGCUGGAAGUGAAGCCGCUGAUGGAUCUAGUUCACCCUCAGCUGGUGGGGCCGAGGCCAGUCCAACCACCACCUGCUUUAGUUAUGGAUCUAGUUAUGGCCCUAGGGGUCCAGGUAGACAUGACCCAGCUAUUGAUCGUACUUAGGGAUGUUGUCGACCACGCCCGCAUACUUGAGCAACUCCAUCGCAAGGCCCAAAGGGGCAGGGGCAAGAGGGCUAGACAGGAUGAUAGCCGUAGCGGGUCCCGAUUUAGACCCAGGGAUUCAUAUGAUAGGCCCCGCCAGGGGUUCCAGCAUGGUCAAUCCAGUCGCAUGUUCCAGGCUUUGUUGCAUGCUACACAGGGUGACCAGCAUCGUCAAGGUGGCUCUAUUGCCAGUUCUACUUCUUCGGGAAGUAUCUCUGGGUUGGUACCUGUAAAAAUACUUAGUAAAAGUGUUAGUAAUGAUGAUGAGGAUAAUGAUGAUAAUCAUGAUCACGAUGAUGAUGACGACGACGAUGAUGACGAUGACGACUAUGACGACGAUGAUGACAACGAUGAUGAUGAUACCGAUGAGGAUGAUGAUGAUGAUGACGACGACGACGACAAAACAAUUCAUCUUAUGAACAUGGGAGGCCUUGAAAAUCGAUGA